GUACGUGUUCUGUCACGGAAUACUCGUGACAGGCAGUGAUUUAAUCAACAAAAUAAAAUAAGAGAUAAAACCCAGUUAUUCCAAAGAUGAAAUUUCAACGAAGAUAUACACCCCGCGUUUGAAGCUUUCAUAGAAGUUUGCCACCUUUUUUCCAGCAUCACUCACUCAGCCAAAAACAGUUCACAAAAUCACCUUGUUUAUUACUUCGAACCGCUCACCCUGAAAAUGUCGUCCACGGAGGAAGGAGGCGGCGCCGUCGGAGCAGUUUCCACUGAUCAAACAAUCAUCAACAACAACACCAACAACGAUUCCGUGAGCAUUGAUAUGCGGUGCACGGACGUCCCUCUCAGCAAUGGCGAAUUAGCGAAUCUCCACUCAUUAGACAAAGCUUUGGACGGCAGCCAACCCAACCUCACAGCCAGUCCAUUGAUACGAAAAGUCCCAUCAACCCUUCGCCGUACCGAAGCUUUCAUGAAGUAUUUCAAGCCGAAAGUGAUCUCAAUCGGCUCACUCCACCACGAUCAUCCCACCCUCCAUGAAUCCAAGGAGCUCAAGCUCAAAUUAGUAGCACAUUUCGUCAAAAACAUUGGCGUCGAUAAGGAUUCCUUAUACGGAAACAUGAAGAAAGAGAUCGAUGGCUUGAGGAAAUGCUAUGAUCCAAAGGAAUUAGUGAAGUAUAGCAACGAUAACGAGAAACUGGCUUGGAUGUUCUUCGUUGACGGUUGCGCAAUUUUACAAGCAAUUUAUAUGCGUUACGGUACUUAUGAUGAUCAUUAUGCUGUUUAUGGCCAAUUGUUUAUUAAAAACGAUUUGCUGACAUUUGUGUACUUGGAUCUGUUAUUGUUGGAGAACCAAAUACCUUUUCGUGUUCUUGAAUUGCUUAUAAGCUCGAGCGAUGGCGAACAGCUCAUGAAUGCAAUCAUAAGGUUCAUCGACGACACUGUUAUCACCCCAGCCAAGGACAGAUACCAUCCGCCAUUCAGUUAAUGAAGGAUACUCUGAAGAGCAUUUAACAAGAACCUCGCAAGAACACUAAGAGGGCUUAUAUCGGGAUGCUCUUUUGAGCUAUGGUAUGUCCGCAACAUAUGCAGGAACACUACCACUUCGAGAAACAGAACCCUGUAUCCAAUUGAAUUUCAUUCAUUCAAACGGGAUUUAACAUUUAUCAGGUAUUUUCCAAAUA